AUGAAUGACGAAUACGACGUGAUCGUUCUCGGUACCGGACUGACGGAAUGCAUCUUAUCUGGCAUCAUGUCGGUGAAGGGAAAGAAGGUGCUGCACAUGGACCGCAACUCUUACUACGGAGCCGAGAGCGCCUCCAUCACACCUUUGGAUGAUCUCUACGCACGAUUCAACCUUCCCGGCAAACCACCCGAGUCUAUGGGAAAAGGUCGUGAUUGGAAUGUGGAUCUUGUUCCUAAAUUCCUGAUGGCCAAUGGUCAACUUGUUCGCAUGCUGCUGAUCACCCAGGUGACCCGCUACCUUGAUUUCAAAGUAAUCGAGGGCAGCUAUGUUUACAAGGGCGGCAAAAUCUACAAAGUCCCUUCCACGGAGGCUGAAGCUCUGACGUCCAGUCUAAUGGGGAUUUUUGAGAAACGUCGCUUCAAGAAAUUCCUGGUCUUUAUCGCCAACUUUGACGAAAACGACCCCAAAAGCAUGGAGGGUGUUGACCCCCACAAGACCACCAUGAGGUGUAUUUUUGAGAAGUUCAGCUUGGGGAAAGACGUCAUCGACUUCACUGGCCACUCCCUCGCUCUCUACCGCACAGAUGAAUACCUGGAUCUGCCCUGCCUUGAAACAAUAAACAGGAUAAAGCUUUACAGCGAGUCCUUGGCCAGAUAUGGCAAAAGCCCCUACCUCUACCCCCUUUAUGGACUGGGAGAACUGCCGCAAGGCUUUGCCAGGCUGAGCGCCAUCUACGGUGGGACGUAUAUGUUGAACAAACCCAUUGAGGAGAUUGUGAUGGAGAAUGGAAAAGUGGUCGGGGUUAAGUCUGAAGGAGAGAUCGCCAGGUGCAAGCAGCUGAUUUGCGACCCCAGCUACUUUAUGUCUGCGACCGAAAAGGUGGGCAAGGUGAUCCGGGCCAUCUGCAUCUUGAGUCACCCCAUCAGCAACACAAGCGACGUCAACUCUUGCCAGAUUAUCAUCCCGCAGAACCAAGUCAACAGGAAGCACGAUAUCUAUGUUUGUAUGAUCUCCUUUGCUCACAACGUGGCGGCGCAAGGCAAAUACAUCGCCAUCGCGAGCACCACGGUGGAAACCAACGACCCGGAGAGGGAGAUCAAGCCCGCUCUGGAUCUACUGGAACCCAUUGAGCAAAAGUUUAUCAGCAUCAGCGACCAGUACGCUCCUAAAGACAAAGGAGUUGAAAGCCAGAUCUUCAUCUCGCGUUCGUACGACGCCACCACCCACUUUGAGACAACCUGCGACGACAUCAAGGAUAUUUACCGGAGGAUGACAGGCUCGGACUUUGAUUUUGCCGAGAUGGAGCGCUCGAAGAAGGAUAUCUACGGCGACGCCGCUGAGUAG